AAUUCAGAAGCAAAAACGAAGCCGAAUGAGGCGGACGUGUGACGCUCGCGCGCGCAUCAUUUUGCAUAAGUGCCGCAAAAUGCGCGCGUGUUUCAGUUUCUGUUCGAGUAGUCAUUUGUUGCUGAUGGCCAAGUGAAUUUGCGUACAAACAAUGUUUGCUAGUUUCGUUCAAAUGGUUGACUCAAUAAAUACUUUAUGGAACCAAAAUAAAUAAUUUCAUUCAACGAAACGAACUAGACAACAGCAGCAACAAAAACAACAAAAACAAUUAAAACUAAAAACUGAACGUGGCUGCUGAGGGACGUGCGAUAAGAACAACAACAAUAACAACAAUUCGCCGACUCUGCUCUCGCUGCAACAACGACAACAACAACAAGCGAAGUGUGUGUGUUUUUAUUUUAGCUGCAUUCUUGCCAGCGUCACUGCAACUGCGGCAACAGCGACUGCGACUGCGACCGCGACUCCAGCGCUGAAAGUUUGGCGUCCCAGAGACUUCCAAAACGUGGUUUUCAAACCAUGUGGCGGCGAUGAGGCAGACAGCAGCUGGGAAUAUGCCGUGCCACUUGUUGCACGCCGAUUCCUUGCAGCAACAGCAACGACAGCAGCAGCAACGAACUCGCAUCAAAUAUCCUGCAUAUUACUCAUACGCCAUGUGCCGCCAAAGUGCUACUGUAGCAUGUUGCAUCAGCAGCAGCAGGAACUGCCACCGCUUGUGGCUAAGACGCGCUGACUAAUUGAACUAUCAAUAAAGCAACAACAGUUACUACAACAGCAACAGCAACAACAACAAUAACAAAAAGGAAGCGAACAAAGUUGCCCGCCACACAACGCAAAAUGUCUGAGUCGCGUCGGCAGUCGGUCAGCUUUACAGCAAUGCCGCCGGGCGUUCUAGUCAACGAUAGCCGGGCCAAUUCCACCGAUGACAUACAAAUCGCUCUGGCGCCCCACAUCCAAACCUAUCUAAGUCAAACCGGACGCCGGCACUCCUGCUGCAGCGUCAUGCUGCCGGUGGCCUUCGAGCGAGCCGCCGCCAAAUCCUGGCUGGAUCCCAAAUUCGAUUCACCCGUUCUCGAGGAGCAGUUCCAGGCCAGCGUCUUUCCGCACAUACGCAUGCGAUACAGAUUUACAUUGUCGUACAUAUUACUUUGCUCGGUCGCCUGGUGUUUGUAUUUUGUUAUCGAUGGCGGCUCGGAGGAUUUUUGGCGACCCAUCUCAACAUCGUUCUCGAUGAUGUCGCUGGUCACGAUAAUGGCCAUGUGCUUCACACACUGGAACCUGUACAAGGAGCACCGGACCCUAACUUCGGCACUGACAGCGCUCAUUCUGUGCAGCGCCUCGCUCGCGUUUCUCACCUACACGGGCAGGGCGUUCAGUCCGCUGGGACACUUUGCCAUUUGUCUAGAGAUCGUGCUGCUAAUCUACACGGCGCUGCCCAUGCCGCUCUGGCUGGGCGCAAGCAUUGCCAUCUGCUAUUCCAUAGCCUUCGAGCUGGUCUCCCACAUGGUCAUUGAUGUUAGUGCCGUGCAUGCUGCGGCUGGUGGUGCAACACCAACGGAUGCAGCAGCCGGCGAAGGAACAGCAGCAGUGGAGGGCGGCGGCUCAAGUGGCAGCGAUCCCAGCCACAAGAUACUCAUGCUCCGCAUCAUGGCGCAUCUGAGUGUGCAUCUAGUGGGCGUGCAUGUGCUGGUCAUGAAUCUGGUGCGCAUGCGCGGCACCUUCAUGAAGGUCGGCCAGAAUUUGCUGGUGCGCCGCCAGCUGGAAAUGGAGAAACAGCUCAAGGAGAAGAUGAUACACUCAGUGAUGCCACCCAAGGUGGCUGACAUGCUGCUCAACGAGGGCGGCAGCGGGGGCAUCGACCCCAGUCAGCCCCCGGAAUCGCAUUAUAUGCGUCCACGCGCCUCGCACGAUGUCAAGUCCUUGUUCCGGCCAUUCCACAUGCACAGCAUGGAAAAUGUUAGCAUCCUGUUUGCCGAUAUUGUUGGCUUCACGCGCAUGUCCUCCACCAAAACGGCCGAGCAGCUCGUCGAGAUCCUUAACGAUCUCUUUGAGCGUUUCGACGACCUCUGCAUGCUCAGCGGCUGCGAGAAAAUUUCCACACUGGGCGACUGCUACUACUGCGUCUCCGGCUGCCCCGAGCCCCGCGCCGAUCACGCCAUCUGCUGUGUCGAGAUGGGUCUCGGCAUGAUCGACGCCAUGCGCUGCUUCGAUGCCCAGCGCCACGAAGGUGUCAAGAUGCGCGUCGGCGUCCACACUGGCACCGUGCUCUGCGGCAUUGUUGGCACACGACGCGUUAAGUUCGAUGUGUGGAGCAACGACGUCAGCCUGGCCAACAAAAUGGAAUCCUCGGGCAAGCCAGAACAGGUGCACAUCUCGCAGGAAACGUCUAGCUUCUUGGGCGACGCCUACUACCUAGAGGAGGGCGAAGAGGUGUUCGGUCAUCGCACCUACUUCGUGGUGGGCCGUCGUCGGGAUGUUUCCCGUGCCAACAGCUUGAGUCCGAGCAUGGCAGCUACAGCCGCCGGCGGCAGCUCCUUGCUGCUGCCUGGGGCGCAUGGCCCGUUUGCAUCGCUGUCGCAGAGUGCCACAAAUAUAUCAGUGGUGCAUCCGCAUGUGCCACCUGCCUCGCCAGUGGGUCAGCUGUCAAACUCUCUGAAAUCAUCGCCAGUGCUUUCGAUGCGGCCACGGCUAACAUCUCUUAGCAUGAAACUGCGCAAGAAAUCACAUACGCAAAGCCAUUCGCACAGCCGUGACAGGGAUUUGGAGCGCGGCAUCAUACAUCCAGCGGCCACUGGCGUGCCGCCAGUGAUUGUGGUGCGCGAGCGGCCCAAGAUUAUCAUUACGACCAAGUCGCUGCCAGGCAGCCUGGACUCGGAUGAGCAGCCGCCAUCUCUGGAGCAGCAACAACAGCCGCCGGUGAACAAUGCAGACACCCGCUCCAAGCUAAAGCUCAAGGUAUUGAAAGUGACCAGGUUCCUGAAGCUGACAGGUCGCAAGGACAGGGACAAGGAGAAAGCCAAUGGCACAGACAAAGAGGCAGCACGGGCCAAUCCGAAUUCCCUGCCAGCGCCUGGCGAUGAGUCGGUGGCCUUCAUCGAGCCAGCUGCCGGGCCCGUCCAGAGCCAAUUGGGCAAUGGCUGCGGCUAUCAGCAGCUGCCGGUGCUAGUGGAGACGGCCUGCAGUACACGCCUGGGCAGUACCCAAAUGCUGGACAUACCCAUGGCCCGGCCAGUGCUCCAUCAUGCGGCUACAUCGACGACGCUCUCCAGCAGCGUGAUGCGCUCACCGGAUAGCACUGCGGCAGCCGCCGGCGGUGGCAGCUGCUGUUCGCCGGGUCAGUAUUCCAUGUACGAUGACAUCAUCGAUGUGCGCUCCUACAUAAGCCAAUCGCGCAGCGACAUCUCGCCAUUUGGCCGCACCGGCAGCUAUCGUUCCCAGUGCGGCCGUCAGUCAACUGGCCAAUCCGUUGGACAAACAUUGGAGCAGUCGCCAUUGCCGCGCCCACGCGCAUCCACCCUGACAGUAGGACGGCCAUUGGCCACUGAGCCCAGCACCAGUGCCAAUGCCCUUGCCAAUGCCCAUGCCAUUGCAAAUGCCAAUCCCAAUACCAAUACCAAUACCAAUCCCAAUCUUAAUCUCAAUCCGAAUCCCAGUUCCAGUGGCUGCUGCUUGCCAGCGCCUGGACCUGGCGCUGGAGCGCACCAUUCGCAUUCGCGCAACUCCAGCAUUUGGCCGGAUGGCCUAAGUAUCUGCCCGUCGGCCACAUCUCGCAAGGAUUCGGGCAUUAAGAGUAACUCAAGGCGCAGCUCCAUUCAGCAGCAGAUCUAUGCGCUUAACCAGUCGGCCAUUAGUCAGCAUCGCGUCUCCGGCUAUUUCACCAGCUCCACGUCAAGCAUCUCGAAUCUGGGCGAGGCUGGGGCGCUGCCCUUUCCAUUGCCACCGCCGCCGCCGGUGCUGGUGCCACAGCAGUCUGCACAGCUGGCUGAUCCGCUGGCCGCUUGCCUGCAGCAGCUCCGCAAGCAAUCCGAUCUGCAGCUCAUCCGCUGUGUGCGGGACAAUGCGCGCUCCCAGCGCAGCUAUCUGGUGAAGCCGCCGCUGCGUCGCUUCAGCUUGUACUUUAAGUCGCGCCAGUUGGAACGCGACUUUCGCUCCAAGGCACAUCGCUUUGGCACCGAGCACGAAACGGAGGGGCCGCCCACACUGGCCACGCCCCGCUACAAUACAUAUAUCGACAUCUUUGUGGGCAUUGCCGUCUAUCUGUGCAUCUCCAUAUCGCUCUUUCUGAUGACCCAGAACACGGUAACGCCCAGCUUCCGGCUCUGGGUGACCCUCUUCUCCUGCUUCACGGCCAUCCAGGUGUUUGCACUCUUCCUCUUCACGCGCCAAAUGUGCCGUCGCCAUGGCACCCGUCUGCGCUCCAAAUCUAGCGCCAGUGAGGCGGUCAACAGCGAAGCCGCAGUUCCACAGUCUCGGUCCCAGUCGCAGUCGCAGUCGCUGCCUCUGCCGCUGCCGCAGUCGGAACAGUUUGAAUCGUGUGCGGAUCGCAUCUUUGAAGCCAUAUCCAGCUGGUAUCCUUGGCACAUCUGCUUGGCGGUGCUAAUGGCCAUGCCCGUCGUCCUGAUCAUAGCCAACUUCCUGCUGCUCGACCUCACACAACUGGAGGCGUUCGAAUACCAUUAUGGAUUCCUAAUCUUUGUGUGCAUCGUGCACUUCUGCAACUUUACGCAGCUGAACUGCUGGAUGCGCAAUAUCUUGGCAUUUCUAGCUGCGCUUUGCUUCAUUGGGAUCGCCGUCUCCCAGCUGACCGUCUACUCUAGGCGCUCCGAAAGCGAAACGGAUCCAGAGCUGGAGUCGGAGCUGAACAGCAGUGCGGCGGCCACAUUUAUCUACGAGGAGAUCAAAUGGUUUCACGACUAUCAUGUAGAGAUCUAUUUGGACCUGCUAUUGAUACUGGUGCUGGUCUGGUUUCUCAAUCGCGAGUUCGAGAUUGGCUAUCGCUUGACCUUCUAUGGAAACGCGGUGGCCAACCAGGACAAGGUGCGCGUCCAGAACAUGAAGAACCAGGCGGACAUGCUGCUGCACAACAUCAUUCCAAAGCAUGUGGCCGAACAUCUGAAGAACACGGCCAAAUACUCGGAGAAUCAUCACAACAUUGCCAUAAUCUUUGCCUCCAUUGUCAACUUCAAUGAGAUGUACGACGAGAGCUAUCUUGGCGGCAAGGAGUUCCUGCGCGUACUCAACGAGCUAAUUGGUGACUUUGAUGAGCUGCUCUCGCAUCCGAAGUUUCGUGCCGUCGAGAAAAUCAAGACAAUUGGGUCCACAUUCAUGGCCGCCAGCGGCUUGGAUCCGUCCCAUCGAGGCACUGGCGAUGAGCACAUACACACCUUAAUGGAGUUUGCCAUCGAGAUGCAGCGGGUGGUCAAUGAGUUCAACAAGGAUCUGCUCGAGUUUAAUCUGAUUCUGCGCAUUGGCAUGAACAUUGGCGAUGUCACAGCUGGCGUAAUUGGCACCAGUAAGCUAUACUAUGAUAUUUGGGGCGAUGCUGUCAAUGUGGCCUCGCGCAUGGACUCCACGGGUCUGCCCAAUCGCAUACAGGUGGGCAAGGAUUGCCUACCAUUUUUGACCGCCUGCUAUGAGUUUGAGCCGCGUGGCAGUGUCUAUGUCAAGGGCAAGGAUCACAUGGAGGUGUUUCUCUUUACCAGACGCAGGCCACAGCUAGAGGAGCAGCCGGCAAGCGCACAGCAGCCGCAGCCGCAGCUGCAGCUAAACGAAUGUAAUCCAGAUGAGCUGGCAGAUGAGGCAAGGGAAGAGCAACAGCUGCAGUCAAAUGAUGCUCAGCCUAAAGUGAAUGAGGCACAGGCUAAAGAGCAGGAUAAUAAUGAGAAUAAUGAAGAUGACGAUGACGAUGACGAUGACGAUGACGAUGACGAUUACGAUGACGAUGACGAUGACGAUGACGAUGACGAUGACGAUGACGAUGACGAUGACGAUGACGAUGACGAUGGUGAUGAUCACGCUGAUGAUGAUGAUGAUGGUGAUGAUGAUGAUGAUGGUGAUGAUGAUGAUGAUGAUGAUGAUGAUUAUGAUGAUGAUGAUGAUGAUGAUGAUGAUGAUGAUGAUGAUGAUGAUGAUGACGGCGACCUGCACUCGAGCGAAACAACUACGCUGUUCAAGUCACACGAAUCACUGCAUGCAACACACGCAAAUGGCGGCAGUCACUUUAAUCCAGCUAACACAACCGAAACAUAGAGAGAAACUCAACUCAAAUCAAAUCAAAUCAAACCAAACUCAAAUCAAAUCAAAUGCACACAACUUAAAUGAACACAACUCAGUUUCCGGCUUGCAACACUUGAGAAAUGGUUUCAAAAUUGCAUUUAUUGACUCAACAAAAUGUAUGUUGGCCAAUACAGCAGUUGCAGUUGCAGUUGCCGAUGCCGCAGUCACAGCGAAAGGAAUGUCUUGGAAUGUAGCAAAUGAUAUACAUAUAUGUGUAUAUGGUCGGAUUUGGGGGGCGGGGCGUGGGGGGAGCGGAAAUAAACCGCAUUAAUUUGUGAUAUGUAACUAAUGUUGAAUAUGUACGAUAAUUAGUUGGCACUUGAGCAUGGAAUGUUGUGUCGAUAUUGUUAUGUGUUAUGGCCGAAGAAGAAUGUGAAUCAGGCGUGUUGAAGUUAUGUUGAUUACACUAUGCCACAUAUGCUAUAUACAAUAUAUACAUAUAUACUAUAGCAUAUAGAUGUGAAGCUAAAACUUGCUCGUAGUGCAUAUGCCAAAAGCACGCACAUGAAUCGGGCAAUGUGUACGUUUUGUUUGUAUUCGCCACUUAUAUGAAUGUAAACUACCAGCAGAACGAGAUUUACAUACAUGUUAUAUAUGUAUGUAUGCAUGUGUGUAUAUUUAAGUGGUGUAGUUAAUUUUUUUUUUUAUUUUUUUUCUGUAUCCUAAGUAUGUAUUUUAAUUGUAGCCUAAUUUAUAAAUGUAUAAAUGUAAUGCCAAGAUUUAAGUAAAUUACACACACACGCACUUAACUAAUGAAAAUUUGUGGCUUUAGAUGUAUUUAAUGUGUUUCCCUAGUCUUAAGGUAUACAACAUAUGCAUACAUAUAUGCUUAUGCGUGUGUUUCCGCGUAUGUGUGUGUGUGUGAUUUUUUUAAUUUUUUUCUUAAUUUAAUUUUAAUUUUAUUGCAGUAAUUUAAACUAAGUAUACAAACGCAUUGCAUAAAACUAACCGAUAAAGCAGACUAGCUAAUAAAUUUUAUAAAAAGAUAAACUUUA